CUCUAUACCUCACGCGCGGGGAUUUCUCCGUCAGUCGGCGACAGGCACUGCAUUGCGCUGGUAUUGCUCAUCUCUAUACAAUUUUACGAUUUCUAAUUGUCAUCCCGUAAAUAUUGUGGAUCUAGUGUGUCGUUGUGUUGUGCGUUUGGAUUUCGAUUCGUGUUUUCUUCUUUACGCGUUAUAUUAAACGCCGGUUUUUGUAUAACAGAUAUUACAAACGCCUAAUUACAUAAGCAAAGCUGGAUUGCUCAUAGCAUCUCAUACGAAGAUUGCAAUCAUGGAGAGAACUAGAAAUCAUUCGAGUGGGUUUUGGGUUUUGCUACUUGUAACGACCUUGGCUGCUCCUGUUUUAAGUGAGGCUGGGGUUGGUCUUUUUAACGCGAGACUAAAACAAAUCGUCACCUCCAGCACACUUAAAUGGGCAAACUUGAAGAAUGAAGCCAUGGAAAAUUAUGUUAUCGGGGCAAUUACAGAAACAGGUGAGCCCAUAUACCUCUGCAGAACAAGACAUGAAGGCGACAUGUUGAUUGGGCAGUUACGACCCGAUUACAACUCCUGUGCCGUUUCGGGGACUAAAAGCUACACCAUAUUCGAAGUCAUGGAGAACAUUGAAAACGCCUCGUUGAUUAUAUGGACGCCUUGGUACAAAUUUAACUCAAAACCAAGCGGCGCAGUUGCAGUGGAUUCUUCACUCGAUACCACUUUUGUUGGUAGAAUUAAAGCAAAUACUGGUUAUUCACACAAUAUCGGAAGAAUUAACUACGAAAGCACGGUUGGUGAACUUAUAUCAUUCGAUGAAGAAAAUAACGAAUUGGUGGAAAAUAAUGGUGAAAUUCUAAUCGAAGUGGAACCGGUAAGUUACAAGUUGGAUAAUGUGGAACUCGACUUACAUACGCAACAUGUACGACAAUCGGACCCACAAGUCUUUGAAGAAAGACUCUUGAGAAAUGAUGACGACGUCGCUGCAACAGUAACAACGGAAAUUGAAUAUAAAUUCAACUACACAUUAUCCUGGGGUCACGGGCACGGCAUUGCUAUCGGGCUAAACACUACAAUAGAAAUGAGCGACGGCACUCAAUUUCCACAAAUUGAAUGGGCCAACCCCUACAAAGAGGAGAAGAAAGAGCUGUACACGCUUCAGAUAUUCUUGGAACCUGGCACAGCUUGCAACGUUACCUUCAGGGGUAACACUACGGAUCGUGAUGUUCAAUAUACCGCUAAACUCACAACAUACUAUAAGGACAAUAACGCUCGAUCAAGACACAUUCGUGGUGAGCGGAUUGAAAACACUGUGGAAGUUGAGGCUGUUUAUGGCGAAAUUUACUACACGGCUAACAACACAUUGGUGCCAACAACAACUACAACGACUACCACCACUACAACAACAACCACGACGACAACAGUACCGCCACCUCUCCCACCAUCGGUGGAAAAGAACGACAUCGGCAUGAUCAUGGACAGCAACAGUAUUUUAGAAGACAGCAGUGAGGAUAUGGUGAAAGGGCCACCAGAAAAAGAAGACAUAAACAGAUCAGUCGUUGGAGGUUUAGGAAGCCAUCCAAACUCUGGUUUCAAGAUAAGAAUCUUUUCUAUUGCACUGCUAAUUCCAUUCGCGUUGUUACUUUAAGUUUCAAUUAGCUUGUUGUACAUAAAAUCGAUAUAUCAAAUAUUCCCAACUAUAGCUUAAACUGAAGUAUUAUAAAAGUACCUUAUAUCGUUUUUAGGUCGCAAGGCCAACUAUUGAGAAAACCGUGUACAUAGAUUAUUCGCUUGAGAUUAUACAUUCCUGGUAAAUCAUUAUAUCCAUUCCAAUGUUACAAAGAGCCAAACACGUAUGUAUGUAAAUAGAUUAUGUAAAUAGUUAAAUGUUUAGUCGCAGAGCGACCUUAACACUCGUUAUAUUGCUCGCGGUCUCCGAACAUAAGAUCUAUUACAAAAAAUUUGUUGCACCAUUAUGGUUUUAUGUUUAAGUAAUUAUUUAUUUACGUUAAAUUAUUAUUAAAAAGUGUGUUUUAACUUUUACAGUAGAUACAAAAACUUCAAUAGCUUCAAUAGCGUCUUUACUAUUGCGGUAAAGACGCUAUUUUGUUUUUAAGGCAACUUUUGUAUUUUUCGGUUCACAACAAAAAACAAUGUUAUUAAAUUCACCGAUAUAAUAGUUAAGGUUUAUUUUUAUUCAAAUAAAAGUUUAUUCGAUUUUAAGGAUUUAUGUAUUUAAUUAAUUUAUCAUUUGAUUAUGCAAUUAAAUAGUGAUAUAUUUGAAUGGGUUAUUUUAUAUGAAAUACUUUGGAUUUAUUUUAGUAAUCGUGACCAGAAGCAUGAUUAUUCUAAAUCAUCAUUGAUUUAUUGCAUGUUUCUUUCUAUAUCAUAAAAUACCAAAGUCAAACCUUCCAAUAGAUAUCACUAGCUUCUUAGAUCAAAUAUAUCAAAAAUAUCUGUAUAUUUCACCUAUCAAAUAAAAACAAUCUGUAUGAUAACGAUAUACCUAAUAUAAUGCUUAGCUAUUUCUUUUGUAUGUGUAAAGAAAAUGAAUGAUAUUUUUGUAUGAGCAAAUAGAUUAAGUCAACUCAUUUCAUAUAUGUAUAUUGUUUUAAACUGCUAUUUUCAGUAUUUUGCCGCAUCUUUCAUAGUUAUUAGGAUCAGAAUCUCACUUUAUUGUAGUAAUCAUUAUCCCACCUAGAGUAAUACGCCCUAAGUUUAGAGUUAAUUUGUAUGCGUAUUUGAUGCGAAAGUGUGUUCCAAGUUCAAAUUUGCUUAGCCCUAGAAUUACCAUAAUAUGUACGCACUGACCGGGUAGAUUGAUUUUAUGGAACCACUCGUAGGAUCCACCAUUAGGGUUAUACCAACUUUCAACAACUUUUAGGGGUUUCAAAACAUUUUGUGCAUUCAUAUCGGAUUGCGCAGUACAACACCAGCCUACGACUAUUGUGCAAGCUACCCUCCAGUGCCUAUCCUCAUUUUUGUCUCGUCGGUGUAAAUUACGUAUUGCCUUUAUUAGAAGUACUAUGCUUGAAAUUAUAGAUAGAAGCUGUUUCAUAACUUUAAGAUAUUUGUUAAUACUGUAUAAGUAGAUAUAUGAAUCUCAUGACAUCAAUAUUAUUGUUUCGCGAAGCAUAUGUGAUGUUCCAUGUAAGUUUUGUUUUAACCAUUAAAGUGUAAUUAAUAUA